CAGACGGGCAGCCGCGCUGAGGACACGCUGCCUGGCUCCAGUGCUCGGUCCUGGUGGCUCCGGACCCACCCCCUGCACGGACUCUUGCGGGGCCGGAAGCCGCCGGCGGGGCAGGUGCAACCAGGAACAGCACGCGAGCCUCCGGCUCCUCUCCGUCGUGAAGACACCUGGCAGGCUUUGGAAGCUGCAGAAUUUGGACCCCCACAGGGCCGCUCAGUGUGAUUCUGUCAUAAAUGAGCAGCUUGCAUCCUGAUUGGGUUUAGGACAGUGGGACCCAGGAGGCUACUCCUGGAACUACUGAGCUCAAGAACACAGUGCAUUAUUUGUGAUCCGGGGAUCAGAGAGCCGUAGCCAAACCCCCAGAGCUCCCCGUCAGCACCCGCGAAGCUGGUGAGUGAGCCUGGAACACUGCUGCAGCAAAUGUACCCAUCUCCUUGACCCUCUACCGGAAGAAAGCGGGGGGAUGGUCUUCACUUGACGUCCCCCUUCCAGCUCGUCUGAGGACCAGCUCCCGCCUCCCUCUCAGGUCUUCUAUCUGGAAUCAUUUCUCCUUCUGCCUGAUACAUAUUUGUGUACCUGUCUAUGUGCGCGUGUAUCUCCUUUCGGACGUUCUGAGGGUCUGCUUGUGAAGGUCUUCAGUGUGGGGUUGCCCUCAUUCUUGAGUUAUUUUACCCUAAACACAGAAGACAGACCCGUAGUGAUUUUCUCCUCUUUUUUUCUUUCUUUUGUUUGUUUGUGUGUUUUAGUCCUUGUGGGAAGGAAGGCACCUUGUGUCUGGACCUUUGACAGUUCCCUUUCCCCCCAGAGUGGAGCAGACUAUGGGGCAGGUCUGGGGACCAGGAGCUCCUCCAACACGGAGAUGGUGGAUGAAAUCAGAAUGAUAGGCCAGGGGGGGAAAGCAGCAGAUGCAGAUCUGUGGGACCAGAAUAGCAUCUGUAGCAGCUGAAGUCAUUCUAGGCUCUGGCCCGGUGUCUUGGCAGCAAUUUGAUAUGAAGACGGCAGCCAGGAUGCUGUGGGGCAGCCUCAGCCUGCUCCGCCUGGUGUGGUGUCUCCUUCCACAGACAGGCUACGUGCACCCAGAUGAGUUCUUCCAGUCUCCUGAGGUCAUGGCAGAGGACAUCCUGGGCAUAGAGGCUGCACGGCCCUGGGAGUUUCAGCCCAGCAGCCCCUGCCGCACAGUUGUCUUCCCACUGCUGACCUCUGGUUCUGCCUUCUGGCUGCUCAGGCUCUGGGAAGAGUGGGGGCCUUGGCCUGGCCCAGUGAGUGGCUAUGUGCUGCUGGUGGGGCCCCGGCUCCUCCUCACCACCCUCUCCUUUGCCCUGGACGUGGCCGUGUACCACCUGGCCCCACGCUGGGGGGCGGAGCGCUGGAGCGCCCUGGUCCUGCUAUCUGGUUCCUACGUCACCCUGGUCUUUUACACAAGGACCUUCUCCAAUGCCAUCGAGGGACUGCUUUUUGCGUGGCUGCUGGUGCUGGUAUCCCCCCGUGUAGCUGGGAGCCCCACACCUGAGAAGCCUGCUCCAGGCCCGUGGUGGCACAGCUGGCUUCUUGGGGGCAUUGUGGCUGCUGGCUUCUUCAACCGGCCCACCUUUCUGGCCUUUGCUCUGGUCCCCCUCUUCCUCUGGGGUACUUACGGACCUACAAGCCCCAGCUUCAGGUCGCUGACCAAGGAAGCCCUGGUGCUGCUCCCAGGGGCGGCCCUCACGGCAGCAGUGUUUGUGGCUGUGGACAGCUGGUAUUUCUCCAGUCCAUCGAGACCCAGAACCCUGAUCCUUACACCUGCCAACUUCCUGCGUUACAACCUGGACCCUGUAAACCUGGCGAGGCAUGGCACACACAUGCAGCUCACUCACCUGGCAGUCAAUGGCUUCCUGCUCUUUGGGGUGCUGCACGCCCAUGCCCUGCAGGCUGCGUGGCGACAGCUGCGAGCCUGCCUCCAGGCCUUCGCAAGGGUGGGCUUCCUAAGAGCACUGGAUGCCUGGCGCCUGCAGUCCAGGUCUCACCUCCUGCUCAUCUACUUCACACCCCUGGCCCUGCUGUCUGCCUUUAGCCACCAGGAGGCUCGGUUCCUGAUUCCCCUCCUGGUCCCCCUGGUCCUGCUUUGUAGUCCACAGACCCAGCCUGCACCCUGCAAGGGCACCCUCGCUCUCUUCAAUGCCCUAGGGGCCCUCUUCUUUGGCUGCCUGCACCAGGGCGGCCUCGUGCCUGGCCUGGGGCACCUGGAGCGGGUGGUUCAUGCCCCUGUGCUCCCGCAUGUGUCCACCCGCUACACACUCCUCUUCACCCACACCUACAUGCCCCCCCGGCACCUCCUCCACCUCCCCGGGCUGGGGUCACCAGUGGAGGUGGUGGACAUGGCUGGCAGUGAGGACUGGCUCCUGUGUCAAGCCCUGAACAACUUCACCAGACAACCAGCCUGCCAGGUGGCGGGUGGGCCAUGGCUCUGCCGCCUUUUUGUGGUGACCCCUGGCACCACCAGGCCUGCGGUGAAGAAGUGCAGCUUCCCCCUCAAGAAUGAGGCGCUCAUCUUUCCCCACUUGACCCUGGAAGACCCACCAGCCCUGUCCUCCCUGCUGAGUGGGGCUUGGAGGGAACAUCUGAGCCUUCACAUCCUGGAGCUCGGGGAGCAGCCUGACAAUAUGACAGCAGAUCCACUGGCUGGGACUCAGCCAUAGAAUUCCCACCAUUGCCUCUCCUAUGCACAGCCUCUGACCACUCCGCCUUCUGGGGAAACUGAUACCCCAUUUCCCUCAAAGACCAAAGAGAGGACCAGUCACAGUCCUGAUGCCAAGGGCCCCAAAGAACCUGGUAUAAUCAAUAAUGCCAAAUGUCUGUUCCUGCCCUACCCCUUCCAGUCACUGUGAUGUUGAAAUACGUAAAUAGCACCUGGUUGUGAAAGGAGACAGCAAUCUCCUAAUGACGUCCUGAAUGACUUCUCCCAGCCCCCCUAGGAUGCCUUAGCUCUUGCUGUCAUGACAGCCCUUUGGCCUCUUUCUCCUGGAAGGAGGCAGCAUGGUGAUGUAAAGAGCGGCGGACCUGGUUGCAGGCCCUGGUCUGCUCUUGCUGGCUACAUGGUAAGACAGCCCCUUCCCCUCACCCAGCCUCAGUUUUCAUCUCUACAGUGGAUCAGAGGGUCUUUGAGGUGUCUGCCCCCCAACACUGUGUUGUUCCUGGGCCUGCAGCGCACAUCCCCUGGCUAGAUGGGCAUGUCUCUCCCAAAGCUCUAAGCAGAGAAGUGGGUGUGGUGUAUCUAACUGCACUUCGGUGCCUGCUGUCUCAGUACUUAUUACCAAAAUGAGUAGUUCUGGAACGCCCCUGGCCGCCCACUCCUGCAACUCUCUUCUUACUCGUGUCCCAGAAAGAGGUGGUAGGACAUUUCUGUAUCUCCUUUGGGGAUCAGGGAGCCCAGAUGUUCUCCCUCCUGGGUCGGCCCCAGUGGGAAUGAAGACAUAAGGCUCAGUAUCUGGUGGUGCUUGAGCACAAAACCUUAAACGUGGUCUGGUCCCUCUCCAAGCCCCCAGCCCCUGUCUGAAGCCCCUUCACAGGACGGAGAGCGAAGUCCAUACCAAAUCCACGCCUGCUGCCUGGUAGAAGCCAUCACACCUGGGCACAUCGCUCCCCAAAACACAGCCCGCUGGGAAUGUGAGAAGUGGUGGCACUAAGCUUGUUCUCGUUCUCCCGCCAUCUCAUGAGAACAAGAGGCAACCAGGCCGAGAGGAGGACGCUGGAGGAGCACAGGCAGGAGACACACUUGUGCAAGUGACCAAACCUGAGUGCUUUUCUAAGUCUGCCUUUUGCUAGCUAAAGUCUUGGGUCAUCUUAAAGGCCCUCCUAGGCGGGCUGCUCUGCAGCUACUGCUAGGGUUCUAGUGCCACACCUUCCUUGGGACUCCAAGGGAAAGAAAGUCAGUGCCAUGCUGGUCAGUGUUCUCUGGGGGCAAAACAGCCCUGAUCUGCAGCGUUUGUGAUUUCUGUGGUGUAACACGCUCACCAUGGCCAAUUGUUAACUACUAAAAUGAUGUUACUGAACUAAGCUGGGAGGAGACGCCAAGGACCACACUUGUGGAUAUUUCCCUCUUUAGUACCCGUUCAGGAUAAUUCAUUGUUCUUGUGGUUCACGUUUCUGCUAGCAACUUCGGAUUUGUCUCACCUGUAGUGCUUAGCAUCAUCUCUGGCACCUGAUAAGCACUUGUUUACUUUGCAGCCAAAGAAGGCCUUUCUGCCCAACAUUUAAAAGCCAAGUGCAACCUGGAGAUCCCCCAGACUCUGUUUCAAAUUCCUCUGGGCUUCUUGGGACUUCUGUCUCUUCCCUCCCCCAGUUGGGUUCACGACCUCAGAAUUCCCUGGAGGUGCUGUUGGUGUAACAGCUCUUCCAGAUUGUAGUGGUCUGAGCUCUAACAAAUUUGUCUGUAAAGUGUUGGUAUCGAGACUUGUGUGGCAUCAAGGGGUGAUUAGGAACUGCCCUGCAGGAUAGUGGAAUGAGUUGCUUCCCUGCUUCAUUUUCUGGCAAAGGUUAGAAGAGCCUGGAAGGCAUGCUGGGAGAUGGUUGCCAUGGGGAAUGGUGGGAAGAAUUUGGUUUCUUUAGUAAUAGGGUAACUGGUGGGAUGACAAGCCGCUGACUACAGACACUGGACGCUUCUCUAACGAAGAGGGGAGGCAUCCAAACCCGAUGGAGCAAAAAGGACCCAGUUUUCUUUCUGCUCUGACUCCUACCAAAAUGGAGGGAACUUGGUUCCUACACUCUUCUUCCACAAAAAGUAAACAACUGUUCCUUCUCUUGCCUGCCUUCCUUUCCUACAAAAUGGCCAGUUUGCCCAGAAGCGUCAUUGGUCCCUGCACUCUUCUUUUUGUCUCUGCCGGUCAAGACCCAGCUGCGAGUGUGCUUGUUUAUGUUGAGGGCUGGGGUUGGGCUGAGGACUGCUAACAUUCUGUUGCUCUUAUACCCAGAUCCAGAGAAUAGUGAGUGGGACUGCCUGAUGAGGCACACAAGGCAAUAGAAUGAACAAGCUCCCUGGGCUCCUUGCUGACAAGCUCAAAGGAGAAUCCAGUGAGUUGCCUCUGGUCUGGGGGAGGGAGCACAGGAGGUGGGAUGCCAAGCUAGAAGUUGGGUCCUUAGGAGAGUGGGACACUGACCUCAGAGAGGAUUAGACAGAAGCACCUGUGAUGGGAAGACUGGAGGGUGGUGUGUCAAAUCAGAACUCUGACCAUUAGGAAAAUGGAGAACAAGCUGCUCUCGUUUCUCUGUGAUCAGGGUAGUUAGUUCUCUGGCCCUCUCUACCUCCCUCUAUGCCCAUCAGAAAAACCAAAGUAAAAAUUGUUUGGUUGCCAGCCUAAAAGCUUCUCCUGAGGCUUAGAGCUUUCUCCCUUGCAUGAUUAACUGUGUAGCCAGAUUAGAGAUAAUCAGCAUAUACAAUGGACUUGUUAGUCAUGGGUCUGUUAGCUGGAGCAUAGUCUUUAGAAUAUAUCUAGACUCUCUUAAGGACUAGGAAUCCAGGUAGCUUUUCCAUGGUAGGCAGUUGUCUGUCCUAAUGCCCUGGUGAUGGUGGUAGCGGUGGCAGGGAAGGCAAGCACUGAAAGUCAGGCUAAAUGCCUUGGAGAGCUGUGAUUAGGGUCUUGGGCUGUAUUCAUAAGUCUCUUCUGUGUACAACUUAAGGAGCCUGCAAUUCCUCAUGUUAAAGUGGCUGUUAAGGGGUGGGAUAACUCACAGAGAAUGCAAUUAGCAAGUGCCAGUACAGAUUAUGUACUCAAUAUGUGUUAACAAGUAUUACCUGGGCCCAUGGUCCCCAAGAAUCCUAAUCCACUUUGCCAGAGAAGUACCACACUCAUUCUGAAACCAUGGGUAAUGAGUCAAAUCCAUUUCACCUGCCUUCACUAAUCGAGUUUUUUUUUUUUUUUUUUUUUUUGCUUUUUAGGGCCACACCUGUGGCACAUGGAGGUUCUCAGGCUAGGGGUCGAAUUGGAGCUACAGCUGCUGGCCUACACCACAGCCACAGCAGGAUCUGAGCCAUGUCUACAACCUACACCACAACUCAUACCAACACCAGAUCCUUAACCCACUGAGUGAGGCCAGGGAACCAUGCAACCUCAUGGUUCCUAGGCAGAUUUCGUUUCUGCUGCACCACAAUGGGAACUCAAGGUCGUUUUAAGACUUGCAUCUCCUUCACGUAGCAGAAGCCUACCUGAACAAGAUGUUUGACAGAGUUUUUUUUUCCAGGAGCUUGUAGUCGGCUAUGUCUAGUUAAAGCUGAGCUGGUUAAGGCUGGAUACGACCAAGUAGACAUGCUCCUGACCUUCUGACAUCAAGAGAGUGGGAAAACUCUACCCUCACUUGGUGCUAAGAGCCUCCAUUUUUCAACAUGUAGACACUGGCAGCUUAGCUACACUUAUGAAGGACUACAAUUACCACACCUUUGGCCAACUGCCUUUCCCCUACAUUCCCCAGGCCACGCCUCUUCUUUAUCCCAGGCCCCUUGCUUUGGGGAAGAUGGAUCUGAGGUUAGCUCUCCCCCUCCUCCCUUGGCUACCUUGGAAUUAAACCCCGUUUUUGCAAACCUCUGCAUCUCAGCGUUUGGCUUGCAGCGUGGGGCAAAAGAACCUUGUCCGGUAAUAAUACCCAUUACUCAGCUCACAUAUUUAAUCAGAGGAGUUUGGCAACUGCAGGACUGUCUUCCAUCCAGGAUCUCCCCUGGGAGUGGUGCCCUGCUAGAGCAGUGAGGAGGCAGCAGUAUCGUUUUACGUUUUCGUCCUCUUCGCUGAGGGCAGAUUGUCUUUCCCGCUGUACUCUGGUCCAUGGCUCUCUGCCCGUGGUACAUCAGGGCAGUGUCUGUCUUGCUUUCUGUCAGGCUUCCAGUGCUUUCUUCAUACACUGUGUCCUAUCCAAACAGAGGGCUUCACCAGGGCUGUCGGUUUGGCCUGGGCCCUUUGAUGAGUGGGACCUGAGGAAGCGGACGGUCUUAGGAUUCGGAGCUGUGCAUGGUGUCCAGGAUGACUCCUUAGCGCCAAGGCCAGUGUGGAGCUCAGAAAGUCUAACAGGCCACCUCGGCCCGGCACAGCGUGGGUUUAGGGGUUUGCUCCUGGGCCCUUCUGACUACCUGGUGGUGGCCGCGGGCGCUCCCGGAGGCCGCGGCGUAGCUCCUGAGUGAAGGUGUCUUUGAAGCGCGCAGCGCGGCGACCCAGGGAACCCGCGGGCCCAGCCGCGAGGGCGCGAAUGCGUCGGGCCGCGUCCUGGCCACGCAGCUGGGCCUGCAGCAGUGCGAAGGCGGUGAGCUGCGCCGCACGCCGGAUAGGCCGCGAUUCGGAGAGACGCUCCACCAGCUGAGGGCUGUGCAGCAGGGCCGCCAGCAGCCGCCGUAGAACCAUCCUCGGAGCGACUCGGAACCCGGAACACGCCGCUCUUGCUUCUGAUCGGCGACGUCAGACAAGGAACCACGUUUGCGUCGGCGCCGCGGAAUGACGACACUGCCGCGCUGGGAUUGGGUCGCGGGACCUUCACUUUCGGCAGCCGCCUUUAGUGCGUUUCCGGUUCCGCCACCGCCGCGGUGGCCGAAUUAUUCUUGGGGUGGAAGCGUCGUCGGCUAGGACUCUGCACUAUGUCGGGUGGCCUGCUGAAGGCGCUGCGCAGCGACUCCUACGUCGAACUGAGCCAGUACCGGGACCAGCACUUCCGGGGUGACAAUGAAGAACAGGAGAAGUUACUGAAGAAAAGCUGUACAUUGUAUGUUGGAAAUCUUUCCUUUUAUACAACUGAAGAACAAAUCUAUGAACUCUUCAGCAAAAGUGGUGACAUAAAGAAAAUCAUCAUGGGCCUGGAUAAAAUGAAGAAAACAGCGUGUGGGUUUUGCUUUGUGGAAUACUAUUCAAGAGCAGAUGCUGAAAAUGCCAUGCGGUACAUAAAUGGAACUCGUCUGGAUGACCGCAUCAUUCGCACAGACUGGGAUGCAGGCUUUAAAGAGGGCAGGCAGUAUGGCCGUGGACGAUCUGGGGGCCAGGUACGAGAUGAGUAUCGACAGGACUAUGAUGCUGGGAGAGGUGGCUAUGGAAAAUUGGCCCAAAACCAGUGAGUGGUGAAAGCCCCAUCAUGAAAAACUCACUCCUUUGGCCUGUUGAAUCUGAUGUGCAUUACCGAAGGUCUGCAAACCUGCCUGUUUUUACCAAGCUUUAAUCAAUGUUUCUACUGAGCCGGAAGCCUCUUCAUGGUUUUCCUCUUCAAAUUAUUAAAGGACAGAAUCCAAAAGAAUGCCUUUAAUUCUAUAGUGUUAGAAUCCUGUGUCAGAUUACCAGAAUGAUUUCUGUUACCAGGUCAAAAAAAUUGUGUUCCUUAGCAGCAUAUUUGGUGUAUAAUGUUGAUCCAUCAGCCAAAAAUAAUACACUUCUUUUAGGAAGAUUGGAAAAAGGAUUUAAGUGUUUACCAUGUUUGCAUCUAACUAGGUUCAUGGUCUUCUACCUUGAGACCUAGAAUUACUAUUUUAAAAUUUUUAAGUUUGCCUGACAUAAAGUUUAUUAAAGUAGAGCUUUGCUAGCUAUGUAAUGUAGCUUUGCAGUUAAAUUAGGAACUGGUAUUUGACAACUGAAUUUUUUUCCAUUUGAAUUCUAAUCUCUAAAGGCAAACUUAAGGAGUUCUUUUGUAGUGCGGUGGGUUGAGGAUCCAUCAUUGUCACAUGUCACAACAUUGCAGUGGCAUGGGUUCAAUCCCUGGCCCGGAAACGUCACAUGCCUCAGGUGCAAGUUAAAAAAAAAAAGGCAAACUUAAAGAGUCAAGAGAACUUCCUAAAUAGUGUAAAAAUGAUAAGCCGUAGUCCCAGGGGAUACCACCUGCUUACAUGCUUUAUAUAUCUGGAAAUCAGGUAUAGGACUUGAAGGGUAUUUACUAAACACAUUUUUCAAAAGAUGCAGUUUAGCUAAAGCUAAAAAAAAAAAAAAAAAAAAAAAAAAACCCAGGG